UAACUAUGACGUGAGGAAGGCAGGAAUCAUGGCUCGCUCAUAAUAUUUAACACACCCACUGGAAGCUGGAGCUGCAGAGCUACUAGUCCAACCAGUCUCCAGAAUUCAGUGUAGCUGAAAGAGGUUUUCACUCUGCACCUGCCAAAGAUCUCUCCCCCCUCUUCCCUUCUCUCCCCCCUUCUCUCUUCCUUUCUCCCUCUCUCUCUAAAAGGCAGAUCUGUAAGACCCAGCAGAGAUCAAAGACGGGAACUCUUUGCUUAAAAGAACCUCUGCUGAUUUAUAUUAGUUUCUUUCCUCUAGUCCUUCCUCUCUUCCCCCCCACCUUUUUUUUUCUGUGCCAUAUUUAACCUUUAUGUUGUAGUUGUGCCACCAGACAGUUUUGCUGCCAAAAAAACCCAACCCAAGCCAAAGCAAAAGCCCAGCUUGGAUACAGCAGCCACCCAGACUUGAUCUCAGUUGAACAUACUAAUCUCUCCCAAGCACUGGACGCGAUGGAUGAAGAAACUGGAGCCGCUCAAAGAAAAUGAUUUUCCAGCCAAUGUUCUUAAACAGUCUCAGAGAAGAGAGGGAGCGAGCGGGAGAGCGCUUCUGCUGCAUCACUGGGCACAUUCAAAGGAAGGGAGUCAGCGUUUCCAGCACAGCCAAAUAUUAUGGAUGAUUUUUUAUCUUCUGUCGCCUUUCCGUACAGGUUUUCUUAAUAUUAUUCUCCUCCCCUCCUCCAUCCCGUCUUUUUUUCUUAGUUUUUUACAUUUUAUUUAAUUAGAGCUAGUGUCUGAUGCCGGUUUCUCUUCAAGAAUCAGUUUUCCCUGUUUGUUGUGAUCCCUGUAAUAAAAAGAGAGAGAAAUCGUGAGCAGAUGGCUUUAUACAUUGCAAUGCCUCUGGCAUUGUUUUCCUCUUGAUUUUAAAAGCCCGGUCCGGUGCUCCUUUAUUUUUUAUUUUUCCUUUUAUUUUUUUUUUCUUUCUUCCCUCUCCUAAGUUCUUGAUGAUACUGAGACAUGAGGACCUAUUGUUUUUAGCCUGUUUAUUUCUCGGCGCCUAUGGAGGUAACUUUAUUGACUUGAUCGCUCGCUUCCCGAUCCGAAGGGAGACAGCCGAAGCCCCGGGGGGGGAGCUGGAAGACCCACGCCUGCCCGGGCUUUCUCCGCCAAAGCGCUCCCGACCGACCCGGCCGCCUCCCCUCCCUUCCCCGGUAAUUUAUUAGCCGCCCCGGCCAUGAAAAUGCUCCUGGUCCGCAAGUUCCGGGUGCUGAUCCUCAUGGUGUUCCUCGUUGCCUGCACCAUGCACAUCAUGAUCGACCUGCUGCCGCGGCUGGAGCGGCGGGGAACCGAGGGCCGCCCCGGCUGCUCCUGCCCGCCGCCCGCCGCCGCGCCGCCCCGCGCCGCGCCGCGCUGGCCCAGCAAGCACACGCUGCGGAUCCUGCAGGACUUCAGCGCCGAGCCGGGCUCCAACCUCUCCUCGCAGUCGCGGGAAGCGGCGGAGCGGGCGGCGGGCGGCGGCGGCGGCGGCGGCGGUGGCGGCGCAGGAGGCGGGGGGGGCACGGCGGCGGCGCGGACGCGGAGACUGAUCGGCCCCGGGGCGCCGCGCCCGCCGCCCCCUGCCGCCGCCGCCGCCGCCCCGCUGGCCGCCCUCUUCCAGCACCCGCUGUACCGCGCCGCCCUGCCCCCGCUCGCCGACGGCGACCUCCUCUUCAAUGUCAACAGCGACAUCAGGUUCAACCCGCGAGCGGCCGAGCACCCCGAGUGGCAAAAUGAAGAUAAUGAAGAAUUUUUGCCAACUGGAGAAACCUCCAUAGACUCCUACCCAAACUGGUUAAAAUUCCACAUUGGCAUUAAUCGGUACGAGUUGUAUUCCAGACAUAAUCCUGCAAUUGAGGCUUUACUGCAAGACCUGGUCUCCCAAAAGAUAACCAGUGUUGCAAUGAAAUCAGGAGGCACCCAGCUGAAGCUGAUCAUGACGUUCCAGAACUAUGGACAAGCAUUGUUCAAACCGAUGAAUACCAGCUCAGUUGUGCAGUCUCAGGCCUGGGUUAUCCCUGGAGCUCUAAAGGAACUGCUUGGAGCCAGGAUGGAACAAAAUGAGUCCCAGAGGCAAACCAGAGAACAAGAAACCCCACCAGACUUUUUUUAUUUCUCAGACUAUGAAAGACAUAAUGCAGAAAUAGCAGCAUUUCAUUUGGACAGGAUCCUGGAUUUCCGUCGUGUGCCACCAGUUGCAGGUAGACUGGUUAACAUGACGAGAGAAAUACGAGAUGUUACUCGUGACAAGAAGCUGUGGAGAACAUUUUUCAUCUCACCAGCCAACAACAUCUGCUUCUAUGGGGAAUGCUCCUACUACUGCUCAACAGAGCAUGCCCUGUGUGGAAAACCAGAUCAGAUCGAAGGGUCCCUGGCUGCUUUCCUACCUGAUUUGUCUUUAGCUAAAAGGAAAACCUGGAGAAACCCUUGGAGACGUUCCUACCACAAGCGCAAGAAAGCAGAAUGGGAAGUUGAUCCAGAUUACUGUGAAGAGGUUAAACAAACACCCCCGUAUGACAGUGGGACCAGAAUUUUGGAUAUAAUGGAUAUGACAGUUUUUGAUUUCCUAAUGGGUAACAUGGAUCGACAUCACUAUGAAACCUUUGAGAAGUUUGGAAAUGACACAUUUAUUAUCCACUUAGAUAAUGGAAGAGGGUUUGGAAAAUAUUCCCAUGACGAACUUUCCAUAUUGGUGCCUUUAAACCAGUGCUGCAGAAUAAGGAAGUCUACCUAUCUGCGAUUACAGUUGUUAGCCAAGGAGGAAUACAAACUCAGUCUCUUGAUGAAGGAAUCUUUACUAAAAGAUAAAAUAGCUCCCAUUCUCUACCAGCCUCACUUGGAGGCAAUGGACAGGCGGCUGCGGAUUGUCCUCAAGGCUGUUAGUGACUGUAUAGAAAAGGAUGGUUAUGACAAUGUGGUUGAAAAUGACUUUAACACUGAUGUUAACACUGUUACGACUGAGAGGUAGUGAAAUCGCAAGACUACUUUUUUACCAGCCAAGUAAAGAAGAUUCAAAGAGGAAAAAGAAAAAAAAAAAUAGAGUCUUGCAAAAGACUGUGUAUGCCAUUUUGUGAAUUCAGUGAAUUCAGAAAUGAGAUAUAAUUGUUCCCAAAGUAGGUAAAGUGUAGACUCUGCAAAGGAUUAGUUCAUUAAGAAAAAUAAGUCUAAUGUGAUGCUUUUCAUUAGUUCGUAAAGAGAGAUUAUGAAAAGAUUCAGAAAAUACUCAGAUCAUUGACAGGCAACAGUCUGAUAGCAAAACACCUCCUGUCCUUUUUUGUAUAGAAAGGAGGCCUUUACUUAAUAUUUUGUAUUUAUAUAUGCUAUAUCUAUGAAACCCCAGACCUACCUACCAAAUUUAACUGAGAGGGACGGCAUAGUUUUGUGACUCACACUUUAUUUGUGGUGACAGUCCACUUAGUAUUUUGUGUUAACCCUUUAAGUGCUCUAAUCCACUGUAUCUUAUUUGAAUUGAAUGCUUUUUAUUUUCUCCAGCUACUCAGCAUUUAAAGGGUUAAGGCACUAUGAACUUUUAAAGGCAAAAAAUAAUAAUUAUAAUAAUAAUAAUAAAUACAGUGGUUACCAGAAGGGAAUUUCACUAAUUGUGCAUUGACAGGAAUACUUGAAUGUUGGUUUUACAAAGUGAUGUAAAAUGACAAGUUGUACCAUUUGUCCAUAAGGAGGUGGCAGCUUUUAUCUUUCUAGACUAUCAUAGCUAAGCUGCUACUUUUCAACUUUGCUUUUGAUAGUUUUGUGUAAAUAUAUACAUAUAUGGGUAAAAAGCUGCUUUCAGCAGCUCUAGGCUUACUUUUGCAGCAUUUUUGUGGAAUUGUUUGCAACGUGGUAAAAGUGCAAUAAAGAUAUGGCAAAAUGUGUA